ACGCGCCGCGCAGUGUAUAUCGGCCGCGCAACCUCCUGGGCGGUCUACCGGCUUGGAGAAGUGAACCUUCCCGUGGCGCCGGAAGUCCGGGGCACGUGACCGGGUGACAGUGCUUGCUUAGCUGUAAGGCUCGCUUUAGGCUGCAGCACGGGAUGGCGGAGGCGCCUCCUGUCUCAGGUACUUUCAAAUUCAAUACGGAUGCUGCUGAGUUCAUUCCUCAGGAGAGAAAAAACUCUAGUCUAAACUGUGAGACUCGAAGGAGACUAGACUCUAAUAGGAUCAGUAGAAGAAAUUACAGUUCGCCACCUCCCUGUCACCUUUCCAGGCAGGUGCCUUAUGAUGACAUCUCUGCUGUUCAUCAGCACAGCUAUCAUUCUUCAGGAAGCAAACUUAAGAGUCAACAGAUUUCUUUCCAUUCCUCUGCUUCUAAUAAAUUACCCAAGAGCCAUGGCCUUCAGAGUCAACCUUGGCAGAAAUUGAGGAGUGAGAAGCACUCUAAUAGAGUCAAAAAAGCACAAGGUCUCACUGACCAGACCUCAGAUACAGCUGGCUUAGAAAGCGUGACCAGAUCAGAGAGUGGAACAAACCCCAGAGAACACAGCCCUUCUGACAAUGAGAAGGAAGCUACUGGUGCAGAUCCCAGGGGGGCAAAACCCAAAAAAGCAACGCAAUUUGUAUACAGCCAUAGUAGAGGACCAAAAGUCAAGGGGAAACUCAAAUGUGACUGGGGUAACAGAAUGACUCCCAAACCUGAGGAUGCUGGACUUGAAAAUGCCAAAGUUGUGGGGGGUUUCCACCCUGACUCUUCAGAUGCAUCUGUUAAAAAAGGGGUAUUGGAUGGAUAUGGACCCAGACGAAAUGAUCAGAGAAGAUACCCACAGAAAAGACCUCCCUGGGAAGUGGAGGGGGCCAGGCCACGACCAGGGAGGAACCUAUCAAAACUGGAGGGCCAACGGCAUACAAAUGUAGGACCCAGAAAUAACGUGGCCCCCAUUCCAAAGGAUAAUCUCAAUGAAAGACCAACAAAAUCUGCCUGUGACAGUGGGAACUUGACAGUCAUCAAGUCUUCCAGAAGGGUUGACCAAGAAAAAUGCACUGUACGGAGGCAGGAUCCUCAAGUAGUAUCUCCUUUCCCCCGAGGCAAACAGAACCAUGUGCUAAAGAAUGUGGAAACGCACACAGGUUCUCUGGUUGAACAACUAACUACAGAAAAAUAUGAAUGCAUGGUGUGCUGUGAAUUGGUUCGUGUCACAGCCCCAGUGUGGAGUUGUCAGAGCUGUUAUCAUGUGUUUCACUUGAACUGCAUAAAGAAAUGGGCAAGGUCUCCAGCAUCUCAAGCAGAUGGCCAGAGUGGUUGGAGGUGCCCUGCCUGUCAGAAUGUUUCUGCACAUGUUCCUAAUACCUACACUUGUUUCUGUGGCAAGGUGAAGAAUCCUGAAUGGAGCAGAAAUGAAAUUCCACAUAGUUGUGGUGAGGUUUGUAGAAAGAAACAGCCUGGCCAGGACUGCCCACAUUCCUGUAACCUUCUCUGCCAUCCUGGACCCUGCCCACCUUGCCCUGCCUUUAUGACUAAAGCAUGUGAAUGUGGACGGACCAGGCACACAGUUCGCUGUGGUCAGGCUGUUUCAGUCCACUGUUCUAAUCCAUGUGAGAAUAUUUUAAACUGUGGUCAGCACCACUGUGCUGAGCUGUGCCAUGCAGGCCAGUGCCAGCCUUGCCGGAUCAUACUGAACCAAGUAUGCUACUGUGGCAGCACCUCCCGAGAUGUGUUAUGUGGAACAGAUGUAGGAAAGUCUGAUGGAUUUGGGAACUUCAGCUGUUUAAAGAUGUGUGGCAAGGACUUGAAAUGUGGGAACCAUACAUGUUCUCAAGUAUGCCACCCUCAGCCCUGCCAGCUAUGCCCCCGGCUCCCCCAGUUGGUGCGCUGUUGCCCUUGUGGCCAAACUCCUCUCAGCCAGUUGUUAGAAUUUGGAAGUAGUGGUCGGAAAACGUGCAUGGAUCCUGUCCCUUCAUGUGGAAAAGUGUGUGGCAAGCCUCUGCCUUGUGGUUCCUUAGAUUUCAUUCAUACCUGUGAAAAGCUGUGCCAUGAAGGAGACUGUGGACCCUGCUCUCGCACCUCAGUUAUUGCCUGUAGAUGCUCUUUCCGAACAAAGGAACUUCCAUGUACCAGUCUCAAAAGUGAAGAUGCUACAUUUAUGUGUGACAAGCGGUGUAACAAGAAACGAUUGUGUGGACGCCAUAAAUGUAAUGAGAUAUGCUGUGUGGAUAAAGAGCACAAGUGUCCUUUGAUUUGUGGGAGGAAACUCCGUUGUGGCCUUCAUAGGUGUGAAGAACCAUGCCAUCGUGGGAACUGCCAAACAUGUUGGCAAGCCAGUUUUGAUGAAUUAACCUGCCACUGUGGUGCAUCAGUGAUUUACCCUCCAGUUCCCUGUGGUACUAGGCCGCCUGAGUGUACCCAGACCUGUGCCAGAAUCCAUGAAUGUGACCAUCCAAGUAAGUCUCAUCUUACACCCACACUUUACAGCCUGCUUACACUAUAUUGUUUAAGAUGUUGCUAUGUCUUCACUGCUCUAAAGUCUUGCUAUGAUGGCUUCUCCCUGCUCCCUGUGCUCAGGGGCUGCUUCUGUGAAGGUGGAUAUGUGAUCUGGGCCACAGCUGGGAAUCAUAGUACCGUCCAUUGCUUUACUCUAAAGAUGUCAAACACAUUGAAAAAGUUACGAAGCAAUAUACCCUGUCACCUGGUUGAUAUCUCUUGCGGGUUACCCUGCAAUGCCACACUUCCAUGUGGGAUGCACAAAUGUCAGAGACUCUGUCACAAAGGAGAGUGUCUUGUGGAUGAGGCCUGCAAGCAGCCCUGCACUACUCCUAGAGCUAACUGUGGCCACCCAUGUAUGGCACCCUGCCACCCCAGCUCACCCUGCCCUGUGACUGCUUGUAAAGCCAAGGUAGAGCUACAAUGCGAAUGUGGACGAAGAAAAGAGAUGGUAAUUUGCUCUGAAGCAUCCAGUACUUAUCAAAGAAUAGCUGCUAUUUCCAUGGCCUCUAAAAUAACAGACAUGCAGCUUGGCGAUUCAGUGGAGAUCAGCAAGUUAAUUACCAAGAAGGAAGUUCACCAAGCCAGGCUGGAAUGUGAUGAGGAGUGUUCAGCCUUAGAAAGGAAAAAGAGGUUAGCAGAGGCAUUUCAUAUCACUGAGGAUUCUGAUCCGUUCAAUGUACGUUCUUCAGGGUCAAAAUUCAGUGACAGUUUGAAAGAAGAUGGCAGGAAGGACUUAAAGUUUGUCAGUGACAUCGAGAAGGAAAUGGAAACCCUUGUGGAGGCUGUGAAUAAGGGAAAGAAUAGUAAGAAAAGCCACUGCUUCCCUCCCAUGAACAGAGACCACCGCCGGAUUAUCCAUGACCUGGCCCAAGCGUAUGGCCUGGAGAGCGUGAGCUAUGACAGUGAACCAAAGCGCAAUGUCGUGGUGACUGCCAUCAGAGGGAAAUCCAUCUGUCCUCCUACCACGCUGACAGUUGUGCUUGAAAGGGAAAUGCAGACACGGCCUCCACCACCAAUUCCUCAUCACAGACAUCCAACAGACAAGAAUUCUGGAAGCUGUAAUUUACAGAAAAUAGCCAAGGAGCCAAUAAUUGACUACUUUGAUGUCCAGGACUGAGAAGAUCAAGAUGCACUUAGAUAAAAGAAUGAUUAGGUGUAGUGGAGACUAAUCUGCCAGCAGAUAAAUCAUGCUUGUUCCCUACUGCCUGAUAGAAUCACAGUGUCAUAUACUGUCUUAUACUGAUACAUCCAAAGCAUGUGUGUGUCAGAAAUCCCUUUGUCUGUUCCUGUCUGUAUAAAGCAUUUCAGUAUGGCCAGA